AACGAUUGCAAUGGCAGUGUAAACAAUAUGGCUGAACUCUGGAAUCCCUACACGUCAGCUGUGAUAUGAUCAUUUUCUUUUGACGCUAAACAGUUUUUCUUUGAAAACUAUUUAUUUUUUGUUUUAUUCAUAAUAUAACAUGUUUUAUUAACUGUGAUAAUAGACUUAUUAAACUUCUGGAGUAAUGGCGAGUCCUCGUACACGCCGUGUCUUGCAUGAGCUCAUCCCAAAAGAUGAGAACUCGAAAUGCUUUGAGUGUGGAACACAUAAUCCUCAAUGGGCAUCAGUCUCCUAUGGCAUAUGGAUCUGCCUAGAGUGUUCGGGAAAGCACAGAGGACUAGGAGUUCAUCUAUCGUUUGUCAGGUCCAUUAGUAUGGAUAAAUGGAAGGACAUAGAAUUAGAAAAGAUGAAGGUUGGAGGCAACAGGCGAGCUAGAGAAUUUCUAGAAUCUCAACCCGAUUGGGAUGACUCCAUGACAAUUCAACAACGCUACAAUACAAAAGCUGCCGCCCUUUAUCGGGACAAGAUAUCGACCCUUGCCCAGGGAGGUAGUUGGGACGCCGCUUGUUCGCCUGCACAAAAGUACAGUCCCGGAUUCUCAGCCAGCAAACCACGUAGUCCACAGAGUGGAAGUGGUGGGAGUGGUGGAGGAGGGGGUAAUGGCUAUGUGGACUCGUCCAGCUAUUCGUACGGAGAUUCGGGUGGAGGCUAUCAGAACAUGGAUUCGCAGAGCUUCAGAGAUGAACGAGACCAAUUUUUUGCUAGAAGACAGGAUGAAAAUGCUACCAGACCAGAAAAUUUACCUCCCAGUCAAGGAGGAAAAUAUUCAGGAUUCGGCUACACAAGGGAAGCACCACCCAAAAGCUCUUCGCAAGAAUUCUUCGAUACAGCCGUUUCUUCCUUAGCAUCGGGCUGGUCAAUGUUUUCUUCAUCAGCUGCUAAAAUAGCAAGUAAAGCUUCUGAAGGAGCUAUCAAGGUUGGCGGUAUUGCAACACAAAAGGUAGCUGAAAUUAGUGUUACUGUUGGCGAUAAGGUAAAAGAAGGAAAGUUGUUAGAUGACGUAUCUACCCAAGUAUCCAACUUGACUACCAAGGUGGGGGAACUGGGACGUCGAGGCUGGCAGGAUUUGUCGGGCACCAACACACCCGCACCCACACCCACACAGGGCUCCAUCCCCUCUUCUCCAGAUUUCUUGUCGUCGGAGAAGUCGUCAUUGCUGAUUGAAGGAAACAAUGCAACACAAGCCACCACACAGCCCAGGAAACAAGGCUGGGAGGAGGAUAGCUGGAAAGAGCCGACCAUUAACCCCAAGAAACGCACUCAGAAUGCAAGCUCCACGUCCGCCAAUGUAGAUCCGAGAAAUAAACUUGAAGAUGAAGCCUGGGAAAUGCUCAACAAUUAGAUCAGUCCGACAUUUCCAAACAUUCUAUUUGAAACGAUACUGAACAUUGUCAAAUAACUUACACAUUUAUUUUGAAUUUAACUUCAUUUCACAUUUUAUAUAUCAAAGUGUAUUCAAUGUUACGAAUGAUAGUAUUUUACUUUUAAAAUAUUUAUUUGAUUCCAGAAUAUUCUGUAUUCGUAUUGAGGUUUUAUCCAUGGUUAUAUAAUAUUUAUAAUAAGUGUUGUUAAGAUCAAUAAUUCAUAUCAUUGAUGCUUGAAAACCAAAUUAAUCAACUCAAAAGCCUUUUUUGCUGUUAGCUACUGGGACCAGGAUGUCAUUUGUAAUGUUAAUAAAAAUAUUGUUAUCGAAUGCUCUAUGUUGAUAUCUGUUGAGAUGUUUUAAGCUCGGUAAUUUUCCGCUGAGUUUCAAUUUUGCAGUUUGAAGAAUCAUCUUGAUUCGACCAUUGCGAUAUUAUUUAAUUUUUGGACUAGUAAGAUCCAGGACGAUGCUUAGCAUUGUUUUGUUUUCCAAUUAACAAUAUUUUUCAGCUUGUUGAUAUAAUAUUUGCAUUAAACCUAAAAAUUUUUUAAAUUUAAAAUUGUUACUCUUAUUAUCUCUAUGAAAUAACCGUUUUUAACACCAGGAAAACAUGGCUUUUGGGUUGUUUCAAUUUAUUAGACAUUCGUUGGCACUUGUCUGUGAUUGUAAUCAAAUUAUUUAGUCGGUUGUUAAAGCAUUUAUUCAAGUGACAGUGCAGUGCGGAAGGAUUAUCAUUUAAGUGCAUCGUUGCAUUUGGACAUCCAGAAAAAAUCAAUAAAUUGGACAUCUAGUUUUAUGAUGAUGACUAUAACUAUAAUAAAUAUAAACAUUCAUUCCAGGUUU